AUGAAUGGAUUGAAUGAACGAAAGGGAAAGCAAUGCAUUGUUUGUCAUAUUUCGUGAAAUUGAGACCAAAUGUGAGACACUUUUCGGCCAUCAGUUCAUACAAUAUCUUCGACUCGAAGACCAAACGAUUGCAACGAGAAGUGGCCAUCGAUUUGGAUGACAAUCAGAAGUACGACUACUUGAAGGAUGAGAUCGCAUAUCGAGUAGUGGACAGAGUCUAUGAUAUUAAGAGACACUUCCCUCUUGUGGUGGACUUCGGCUCACAGAAGGGACUCAUUGCUAAGAAUUUGUCAAAUGAAACAUACGAUACUCUCAUAUGUUGUGAUUCUUCCCACAAAUGUCUUCAGAGAAUUGAAGGAUUGGAUGGAAUAGAGACCAUAAGUGUAGUGAUCGAUGAGGAGGAAGGCCUCCCAUUCCGAGAUAAUAGCAUUGAUUUAGUGAUAAGCAGUUUAAGUAUGCAUUGGAUUAACGAUUUGCCGAAAGCUUUCGCACAAAUUCACAGAUGUCUUAAGAGUGACGGCGUAUUCAUUGGUGCGAUGUUUGGCGGACAGACCCUCUUUGAACUGCGCUCUUCGCUGCAAAUGGCAGAACAGGAACGGGAGGGCGGCUUCGGUCCACACGUCUCGCCAUUCAUUACGGCUCAAGACAUGGGAUCACUUCUGACUCGUUCGGGAUAUAACUUGAUUACAGUGGACACGGAUGAGAUUAAAGUGAAUUAUCCGACAAUUUUCGAGUUAAUGUAUGACUUGAAGGGAAUGGCAGAAAACAAUGCAUUAGUGAAUAGAAAAAGUCUUUUGCGAAGGGAUUCGCUGUUGGCGUCGGCGGCCAUAUACCAGACCCUCUACGGCAACACUGACGGCUCAAUUGCGGCCACUUUUCAGAUAUUUUAUUUCAUUGGUUGGAAACCCGAUCCCUCGCACCGGAAGCCCCUCGAGAGGGGUUCCGCACAGUUCUCCCUCAAAGAUAUACCCAAUUUGGAUAAAAUAUUAAAAGAUACCGAAAACAAGUCAUAAAUUAAUUAAAAUAUUUAUUUUUUAUUCAAAAUGAUUUGCAG